AUGCAUCCUCGUUUUCUUGCCUACACAGUCUUUGAGUAUGACCCCAAAAUUGACUCAGUACUAAGAGUGACAAAAGAGGACUACGAGAGUUGCAACAAAGCGAAGCCAAUUGAAAAAUACAAGGAGGGCAUGACCAAGAUUGAGUUGAACCAUUCAGGACCAUUCUAUUUCAUAUGUGGGUCUGAGGGGAAACGUAAUGAAAGAGGUCAGAAGCUAAUUGUGGAUGUCUUGUCUAAUGGAGAACAUAGCCUUCACACUUCGAUAACAAAUACUUCUCCGGAACUGACACCAGCAAAUUCACCAAAUCCUGGUUAUGCUCAUGGAUUAAGGGCUGGAUUUAUGACUGUUGUUAUGGGAAUUGGGACUUUGGUGGUGAUGGUGUUACUUUGA